CCAACAUGGAUGCGCGUCGCUCAUUUCUGCCACCCCCUCCGAACCACGGCUCAACUGCACCAACGACACUUCCUGAUCAUUCUUAGUGACAGUCGUCUGCGAGAUGACGAUUAGAUCCCGAGCCUUACCUGCUCUAUAGCGCAGUUCCUCACACACACAGCAUGAACCUCGCAUCUUCGUUUGGACAUGUCCACCCUACCUGAAGAACGAGUUCUAAAACCCCUCGAUCCCGUCCCCGAUGAUGUCAAUGACUGGCCGGAUUUCGCAUUGCGAGAAACAAAAAUCUUCUACCAAGGAAAAGGCCGAUAUGCAGACCUGUUGCAGGCUUCGGAGGAGACACCACUCUGUGUCGUGGGGGAAUUGAUGCCUUUGGACGACGAGCAGGAACAUCUCGCCUUGAUAGAGGAGCCGUUAUAUGCACGAAUAAAGAUCGACAACGUUACGAAUUACAGCUUUGGUCAAGAUGACAAUGCGAAGCCUGUCAUUUGGGCUGCAGGCAAGGCAGGCUGGUAUGAGAUUUCACCCUCAGAUCGCUAUCUGAGUCAUUACAACGACACGUUAGAGGCCAUUGAUUUGUUUUACUUCAUGGUCGAUCAGCACCAGAAGCUUGCACGGAAACGCCAGACGGUGGGGUUCAUGAUCGACCCGUUUCUCACCGCAUACCAGAAGCACACGGGUUACAGGAUUAAUGACGAUGACGAAGCCAUGGAGACGAUUCAUAAACAUCACCGCUUCCUUCUGAGGCAGAUGCUUGAAGAGAGAGAAGGGAUCGAUUGGUCUCAGACAUAUCUGUGGAAACAUUUGGCUGAGACUUACCCCGACGAGCUGGAGGAGUUGAAGGUGACCUUGGCAAGAGCGAAUCAUAAUAGCCUGCCAGAGGUUUCCGAUACAUCAGAAGAAGAGGAAGAAGAAGAGGAAGAGGAGGAAGAAGAGGAGGCGAAGGAGGACGAGGAGGACGAGGAGGAGGAGAAAGAUGCCGAUGAUGAUGAAGCAGUAGAGGAAGGAUCACAUCAGGAAAGAGAGGGCACUUCAGAAGGAUCCGAUGAUGACGAAACCGAAUCUAGUUCCGAGGCAGCCUCUAGCAGUGUGACCGAAACCAAGCCGGAGCCCAUUGAUUGGACCAAGCCUAUAUGGGAUAUGCUGAACAUCCUCCGAAAGUCAGCCAACUUCAAUAUGAGACACUGUGGGAUUGACGAGGCCGCCACGGAGCUACAAAAGCUUCCCGCGUUCGAUGGUUCGCACGAAGAGGCAGUGGCCGCUUUUGAGCGCUCAGCAGAACCUUUACUGAAACUAAUGAAUGAAGCAAAGCUCCGAAAGAAAUUCAAUUGGUCCACCCGGAGAAUAUACGAUGAGUUGGAAGCCACACUUGCCGACGUGGUAGCGGAUGAGACGAUGAAGACACCUCGCAAACCAGGCGGUGGGAAACCGCAGCGGCACCGAAUGAAGUCGGUGCUUCGUCCCAGUGGGGCUAGCAAAUCGCACAAGCGCGCAAGAGGCGUCGUGGAAGAGGACGACGACGAAGUGAUGAGUGACGUUCCCAUUUCAUCACCAGUAGCUCGACGGCAAGUUGGCCUUCUGCCACCCAGCAGGAUGAGAGAAGCUAUGGCAGACUCGGGACCCGGUCGCGAAGAUAGUCCCAGUCGACAGCUCAAUGGCCAUCCGGAUCCGGACGCGUUGCCUGAACUACCACCUGGACCGGAGGCACAAGAAAUGCUCGACUUGGUUGCUCAAGAGGCUAAGCGUGUUGGUCGGCAGCAUCAGACGGGCCAUCUGCAAGCAUUCCUGGGGCAGUGGGUUGUUUGACGCGCGCAACCUGGGACCUUUACCACAAGCAUUUAGGGAAGGCGUUCUGGAUCCGAUGGCUGUGCUGGGUUGGGGAGUCUUCGCAUUGUCUUUGUCCGUGUGAUUGUGAUACCCCAUGUGCUCUUAUAUAGCAUUGUAUCUCCGUAGAGAAUCAACCGCGUUAACGGUUCUUUUCCG